AUGGACCGGUAUGAAGAAAUAGAACCAGACGAAGAAGUUUUACAAGAAGUCAUUAGAACUUUAAGUCCUAAUCCACCACCGGCCACAUUGGGUGGGAUAUACCUCUAUCAACAAAUUGAAUUUACUCCCAAUGGAAUUAGGUUUGAAGGGCAGAUGUAUACAUGGUACUAUGUUGAACACAUUAGUGCCCAGUUAAGCCAAAAACCAAGAAGAGCUCACCUAGGGAUCGAAAAGAUGUUUGAAAAAGUCAGGGACCGAUAUUAUUGGCCCCAGAUGUACGAACAUAUUAGAAAGUAUGUUCAGGCAUAUGAUGCAUGCCAAAAACAUGGCAAGAAUCGAAUUCAAGACCUAACAACCAGUGGAAAUAAAUAUAUCAUUGUAGCCGUGGAUUAUAUGACAAAUCAACAUGGAUGCCCGUCCGAAAUAGUCUUAGAUAGAGGCCUCCAUUUCAACAAUGAUAUGAUACGAUAUCUCACACAACAAAUAGAAAUUAAGCAUUUGUUAUUAACAUCAUAUCAUCCCCAAACCAACGGCCUAGUGAAAAGGUACAACUGUACCUUAUGUCAAGUCCUGGCUAAAUUAGUAAACCAAGACCAAGAAUGGGAUACUUUGAUCUCAUCCAUUCUAUUUGUCUAUAGGACUGCCAAACAGUCUACUACCAGGUUUAUACCAUUUUACCUUACAUAUAGAUGUGAAGCCAAAUAUCCUGAUAUUAAUUCAAAUCAGGAAGGUAGUAAGAAUCUAGCAGAUCAACUAACCACAAUUAUAAAUGAUUUACCUGUUAAGCGAUCUAUGGCUGUAAAAAAUAUAAAUUGCUCUCAAAGAUGA